AUGGGAAUAGUAGAAGAAGCACACAACGUGAAACUCAUAGGAUCAGGUUCACGGUUCAUAGUUCUAGCUCACGGAUUUGGCACAGAUCAAUCUGUAUGGAAACACCUCGUACCUCAUCUCCUCGAAGAGUUUCGUGUCAUACUUUAUGACAACAUGGGAGCUGGUACAACUAAUCCAGAUUAUUUCGAUUUCGAACGUUACUCAACGUUAGAAGGAUAUGCUUAUGAUUUACUCGCAAUCUUGCAAGAACUUGGAGUUGAUUCUUGUAUCUUUGUUGGUCAUUCGGUUUCUGCUAUGAUUGGAACUGUUGCAUCAAUUUCUCGUCCUGAUUUGUUUGCCAAAAUCAUCAUGAUAUCUGCUUCUCCAAGGUAUUUGAACGACAGUAAUUACUUUGGAGGAUUUGAACAAGAAGAUUUAGAUCAAUUAUUCAAUGCUAUGGCAUCAAAUUACAAAGCAUGGUGUUCAGGCUUUGCUCCAAUGGCGAUUGGAGGGGACAUGGAGUCAGUGGCAGUACAAGAAUUCAGUAGAACAUUGUUCAACAUGAGACCAGACAUAGCCCUAAGCGUGUUACAAACAAUUUUCAAAAGUGACAUGAGACAAAUAUUAUGUCUCGUCACUGUCCCAUGUCACAUUAUACAAAGUAUGAAGGACUUGGCUGUUCCGGUCGUGGUGGCGGAGUAUCUCCAUCAACACGUCGGCGUCAAGUCCAUCGUGGAGGUGAUGUCGACGGAGGGUCAUUUACCGCAGUUAAGCUCGCCGGAUGUUGUUAUCCCGGUGAUACUAAAACACAUUCGUUAUGAUAUUGUAGCUUGA